CCGCCGCUCCCGGCCUUCCGACGCUCCCGCCCCCGUUCGGGGACGGUAUAAACUCGAGGGAGCGCCCGCUGGAGAGGAGACUGGCGAGGACUCAGCCGUGCAGGAGCAGCCGGAGAAGCGCCCGACUCUGCCUGCCUCGCUCUGCUCCUGUUCGACCGUCUCUGCUUUCCCCCAAACUUCUCCCUUUUCUGCUCGCCUUCCGACGGCCCCGGAGCCACGAUGGCCGGCCAGAUCUCCCGGAGGAUCGCAGGCGCCCUCCUUCUCCUAGGUGUGCAGCUCUCUCAAGUCAUUCUUGGUACAACUGUGAUCCCAUUAUGUGGCAGAAACAAAACAGAAAACUGCACAACUGCUCUGGUUCAAACAGGAAAUAGUCCACGGAUGGCUAAAGUUCAGAUCAUAGAUUGCAAGUCGGAGAUGAAAAACUACUGCUUGAAUGGCCAGUGCAUAUACGUUGUUGAAUUAGAUCAGCACUCAUGCAGGUGUAAUGCAGGUUAUGUUGGCGUCCGGUGUGGCCACUCCACUUUUGAACUUGUCCAAAAGCCCCUGAGUGACGAAUACUUGGCACUCACAAUACUCUCAGUUUUGUUGUUCCUUGUUGCAAUUUCACUGGCAAUCUACUUCCUCUACAAAUGGUACCAGAACAAGAAGCGGAGACUUACUGCAAGCAAAGAAUACAAAGAAGUUGCUACGGAUACUGAAAAAGACAAUAAGCUGCUUCAUGUGUGAAACAAGAGAUUCCUAGAUGCCUUUUAUUUAAUAUUAUUAAAUACUUAUUUUAUUAAUAAUAUUUAUGCUCUAAGCAACCAAAUUUCAAAGUGAUGCUGGUCAGAGAGAGUACAUGUACAGGUCAAAGGGCUAUUUUUUUUAAAAUAAAUAAUAUUUGUAUUUGUAUUUUAUUUUUUAUUCUAUUUUAUAUCUGUGCAAUGUUUUGGUAAUGUCAUACAGCAUUUUCCUUCAUCAGUAAGUUUGUGAAUAGUUGUACGUGAAUGUAAACACAUAUAUAAUAUGAAAGAAUGUAAUCUUCUCUGCUUGCACUUAAUGCACUUAAAUGCACUGUGAAAUGCAUAAUUUUGUAUUUUUGUCCACUUGAAGAAACUCAGUAUGACUGUAAAGAUUAAAUUUAU